CUUUUCGAUGCUGUGCAGAGCACUCAAUACGCAUCUCCAGCCCAAUCAGCUUGAGGCAUUAUCAGCCUCUGCAGAUGUCACAAGCGAAAACCGUGAUUCUCAGCAUUCUUGACGAUCCACACAACUUUCAGAACCAUGUAGCAACUUAUGCCGCAGCGACGAUCAUGAAAAUUGCAUAUGGGAAGACCACGCCGACGUCGGCAACUGACCCCGAAAUCAGAGAAGCUCGCGAGCUCGUCAGGAGAUUUAAUACAAUCUUGCGCCAUGGUUAUUACUUGGUGGACUCGAUACCGUGGCUCAAAUACCUUCCUUGGUAUGCGCCAGAAUUAAAAGACGAGUUCGAGAGGACCAAGCGGCUUUACACAGACCAGCUGAACCGUGUGAAACUGCACAUGCAGAGCAAUGAGGACAUCGGCCCUUCGUUUUCAAAAUACAUUCUAGAGAAUGGGCAUCUCUAUGGCUUGACAGAGACCGAGAUGGCGUAUCUUGCUGGCUCCUUUUUUGGAGCUGGAACCGAAAACACUGCUGUGGCGAUAUGCACAGUGCUAAUGGCGGCCGCACAUUUUCCUGAAGAGCAGGCUAAAGUUCAGGCCGAGCUUGAUGCAGUCAUUGGAAGGGAGCGAGCACCGACUUUCGCCGAUAAACCAUCCCUUCCUCGUCUGGAGGCCUUCAUCUCUGAGGCUUUGAGAUGGAGACCGUUGACUCCUGAAGGAUUGCCUCACCGAACUACUCAGGACGUGAUUUGGGAAAACUAUUGCAUUCCCGCUGGAACUACAGUAAUGGGCAACCACUGGGCCAUCUCCCGAGAUCCAGAAGUUUAUCCCGAUCCCGAUGCGUUCAAGCCCCAGCGCUGGAUUGACGACCAAGGUCACUUGAGAGAUGAUCUCACGUUCUUUGUAUUUGGGUUUGGUCGGCGUGUAUGCCCAGGUCAACACGUUGCGAACAGAUCGGUGUUCAUAAAUUCGCUUCUUGUUAUUUGGGCCUUCCAGCUCAGUCUGGAUCCUACGAAGCCGCAGGAUGACAUGGGGUUCACGAACGCGACGAUGCCAAACGUCCCUUGCACUAUUGAAUUUCAGACGAGGGUUCCAGAAGUGGAGCUUAGGCGUAUGAUGCAGAAUUAUCCGGAGGCUGGGUGAGAAGCCUUGACGUCUGGGUCGGAUCGCGACUAGGGGGCAGGGGACAUCACGAUUUCGACUCUGACUGCACGCGAAGGCAGUAGGCACCAUGGUACUCCGAAUGAGUAGUGACCCGAGGUUGGAGCUUAUACUAGUAAGAACACCGUAAUGAACUGAAAAAAGGUGAAACAAGACGAGCACCGAUGAGUUUAUAGCAGUCAAUUAUACGAUGAACAGGAUUUCAACCU